AAUAAUGCUAACUAUUGAUAACGUUAGAUCUCAUAAUAUUUUUAUUCAUGCUAAUGACGUACACUCAUUCUAUUAAUGUAUAUUUAAUACCUAAAAUAAUUUAAAAUGUGGAAAAAAUGUGUAAAAACAUUUAAAAUUGUAAAAAGCCAUGGAUCAUUGGAAAAUAUUAAAUUGUACUUGUUUGAUCCUUCGUAUACAUCGUCAAUGAAAUGGAUUGUCAUUGCCAUCGAACUUAUACUAAAUGUAUACAUCAUACAAACAGUCAGGUACACAGAAAUCGACUGGAAGGCGUACAUGCAAGAAGUUGAAGGCGUUGUGGUGAAUGGUACACUUGAUUAUGGCAAACUUAAAGGAGACACUGGCCCAUUAGUAUAUCCUGCUGGGUUUGUAUAUGUAUUUUCAGUGUUGUAUUAUUUGACUGAAUUUGGAAAAAACAUCAGAACUGGUCAAUACAUAUUCAUGGUUUUGUAUUUGCUAAAUUUAUAUUUAGUAUUCAAAAUACACGAACGUAGUAAAAAAGUACCACCAUUUGUCAUGUUACUACAAUGUUUUUCAUCAUAUCGCAUCCACUCAAUUUAUGUCUUGCGAUUAUUCAAUGAUCCAGUUGCUGUGAUAUUACUUUACCUAUCUAUAUACAUGUUUCUAAAAAACAAAUGGGUUAUUGGUAGUAUAAUAUACAGUUUGGCUGUUUCUAUCAAAAUGAAUAUCUUGCUAUAUUCUCCUGUACUUUUAUUAGCAUAUGUUACAAAGUUUGGCACCCUAGGAACAAUGAAGCACAUUACUUAUUGUGCUCUAGUACAGUUAUUAUUGGGAUUACCAUUUUUAAUUAACAAUCCCAUAAACUAUGUACGGGGAGCAUUCGACUUAUCCAGAGUAUUUUUAUACAAAUGGUCAGUAAACUGGAAAUUUGUUCCACCAAACAUAUUUGUAAGCGGAUAUUUUCAUAUGCUUUUACUAGUCAUACAUCUUACAAUGUUAUUAUGUUUUACUGCUACAUGGAUAAAAUAUUUAAACUCUUAUGCCAAAAUGAAGCAAAUUGAACAUGACUUAAAACCACAACUGAAGAAGAAAAAGAUCAACAUCAAUAUGGACAUCAGUGCUAAUUUAUUUUUGUUACCCAUGUUUUCAGCUAACUUUAUUGGAAUAAUGUUUAGCCGUUCGUUACACUAUCAAUUUUAUGUUUGGUACUAUCAUACACUGCCAUUUCUAUUAUGGUCCACGCCUUAUGGCAAUAAGUUUAGAUUAAUAGUACUUGGACUCAUCGAAAUCUGUUGGAACACAUUUCCCGCAACAGAAUUUAGCAGUGCUUUAUUACAUGUUUGCCAUUGUAUUAUUUUGUACGGAUUACAUAGGUAUAGGUAUCGAUAUGGGUCUAUUAAAAAAAAAUAGAACAUAUAAAUUUUUUUAUUUAUCUU